AUGAUCGAUGUCCGACUAAAUUUCAAGCAGCACGCUGAGCACUUGAGUAUCAAGGCGUCUGGAGUCAGAUCCAGCCCAUCGUGCCUCAUGCCCAACAUAGGAGAUCCGAAACAGAGAAGACGAGCAUUACUGUCGUCGGUGAUCAGGUCAGUGCUAACCUACGGCAUUGCCAUCUGGGCUGAUGCAUUGCAGUUGCAGGAAUCACGGCGGAGAAUUACUCCAGUCUAUCAACUGAGUGCUCUGCGGGUUACGAGCGAUUAUCGUACGGUAUCCGACGACGCAGUGUGCGUCAUCGUUGGGAUGCUCCCCGUAGAAGAAUUGGCCGAAGAACGAAGGUCAUUGUAUAAGCGGAGGAAAUCUGGGACACUGAGCGCAGCAGAACUUAGCGCAGACGAGAGGCGAAAGAGUCUGCAGAAAUGGCAGGAGAAGUCGGACAAUUCAUCAAAAGGAAGAUGGACUCAUCGGCUGAUCCCUUAG